UGGUGAUAUAUACACCAUAUCUGAUCGCGACCAAGACGUUGACAGCUUCACAGAUAGAUCUUGGAGACUCUUAGAGACCCAUUCAACCUGUCCUUCUGCGGCGUUCGUGGCGGCUGAUAUCCUUGGCAUGAUCAGAUCCUUUCAACCAGACAUUCCCGCUGCGUCACAGCGGUAAUAGCCAAUAAUAGACAGCCUUCCUCCUCCAGCUGCGCAUCAAUCAUAAUACCUCAGACGAUCAUCCACUGACUCGUGCUCUCAACUCUACACGCCCUGCCAGCACUCGUCCACAGCCUUUUCAGCAACCGACAUCUUCCCCAUCAUCGCAUUCCAAUAGCACACCGAUUGCUCUCAUCUUUGUCUCGGAAAUGAUGCCAAGCUCAGACAUGGCACAGGAAAAUGCGACCCAUGCGGGUCCAUCCUCCUCACCUCGACGCUCAGCAUCGCCGAGACCUUCUCCAAAAUCAUCUCCACGUCUAUCUGCAUCUCCUGCACCCAUCAUACUCGACCACGAUAUGGAUCAAUCUCCCAGUGCUGCUCCAAGGGAGCCAGACAGGGUCAAGGCGAUGACAGCCCCUGCACCAUUGCCGACGCAGUCUAGUCCUACCACUCCAGAUACCGCCAGUCCUACUCGUAUCGCCUAUCCUCAACCAUCUCAGCCUCAAGACACGACACCCGUUGCUGGGCCCUCUACGCCUUCCCGUACACUCUUGUCGCAUCACCUCCAGCAACACCCUGACCACUCGGUAGGACAAGCGAUUGACACGCUUUUCCCCAAAGCCAAUCCCAUCAUGAGACUCAUCAAGCGUUUCAAAGUCAAGCAUAGUGUCAUUUCAGGUAUGACGCAGAAGGAAAUGGCCAGGUGGACAGCCGAGGGCGAAGCGUUGAGGAAGAAAGCCGGUUGGAAGUUGCAAGGCGAGCCGGGGGAAGGUGUAGAAGUCAGCGAAUUGUUCUGGAAGAUGUAUCUGUCCCUUCUCCCUACUCUGGAAAGAGACCCUCUCUCGGGACUUGUGCCGCCAGACCUUCUCGGUUCAACAACCACCAUGCCCAUCUCUAUCAUUUCACUCAUCCCCGAUAUCAUGCAGCAUUACCGAGACGUCAUCAUCAGGGCGGAAAAGGAGGUGUUCCUGGCUACCAAUUAUUGGCAACCAUCCAACUCUGUCACUACCAUCUCAGGCUGCCUCCGAGAACUCUCUGACCUCGUCGUGAAACAGGGCCGUCCUAAAGUGGUUGUGAAAAUCAUGUAUGACAGAGGGUCUUGGGAGCAGCUUUGGAAUUCGCAUGCCCCAGUCGAUCCUCAAAAAUGGGCCCCAUUACAUUUGCCGACAAAGGAAGAGGUACAGGGUCUGCAUCUGGAGAUCAUUAAUUUUCACAAAGUCCUGCUGGGCACGUUCCAUGCCAAAUUCUUGAUCGUCGACCGAAAGGUUGCCCUGCUGAACAGCAACAACAUUCAAGAUCGACCCAACCUGGAGCUUAUGACGCACCUCGAGGGACCGGUCGUAGAUGCCUUUUACGAAAUCGCCCUUCACUCUUGGUACAACAAGCUGGACCCGCCACUGCCAUGCAUGUCGACACCGUUUCAGCCACCGCGAGAUAGCCAAGGAAAGGUUCACUACCUCUUUGCCGAUCACAAUCCCUACUUUGAUGAUAUCGAGAUUCUCAAAGCUGCCAAGGCUGCUCGACUCUUGCUCCGCAGACAGACGCUGGCUCUGGACGAGGAAAAGUCAGGACGUGAAGAGACUGGUCGUGAGAGGUUCCGAGACGCUGUCCGACAAGCCAUGGAGAAACAGAGACAGAGCUUGGCCGAUUGGAAACCUGGCGAGGACCUCAACGCCAGAGCCCAAACGGCCAUGCACGAAUUGCGAGAGUUCAGAGAACGUUGGGCUACAGGUAUGGCCAAUGCGAUGGGAGGUGCCAGUCGAUCAGCCAGUAGAGCAGGAUCAAGGAGCAAUUCUCGAGGACCAAGCCGAGCUCCAAGUAGGAGACAGAGUGCCACGGAUACUACCCUCAAAGCUGGUCACUUUAGUGAUCAUCAGACUGCCGAGAUCACCGCACGGAAUACUGCUAUCGGUGCCCAUGUCGACCCGUCCGAAGCGCCAUCUACACCUACCCUGACUUCUGAUCUGCCUCCAAAGUCGAAAACCAUGCCACCGGCCGUUACCGAUCCGGGUUCGUCGCCACUGGUCUUCCCUCAACCCGAUGAGCAUCUUGACAAGCCGAAGCCACAUAUUAUCUUCCUUGACACCAAACUGGCUAAUGGCGCAGCAGAAAAUCACGCUAUCUACGACUCCCCUGUCGGUUCAGCCCAACCGUCUCCAAGACCACGUCACAAGGAUCUGCCGGAUCCCAUACUCAAGACACCCACACACUCAGCGCUGCGCAUGCCGAUCGGUGAUGGCGGGGAUGAAGACGUACCUGAUAUGAAUGGUCCCAUGCCUGCCGGUGUACCGACAAAUCAGAUCGGUCAGCCUUUACCACCUACCGCCCAAAUUCCCGGUAACAAGGGUCCAGCGAACACUAUCCAGACGGAAUCUGUGCCGCUAGAUGUCGUGGAUACCCCAACGGGGGAGAGGGAUGUUCCGGUUCGGCCCGAUACACUGAGGCGAACAAGUACAGACGCACAACCAGAAGGUACCGGCAGUCGACGCAUGUUCAAACUGUCCAAGAAAUUCAAUGCUGCUGGUGUUCUCAGCGAAGCUUGGGCGACGGUCGAGGAUUCAGACGAGUUGGAUAAUUUUAGACCGCAUGUCGUCCACGCCCCUCAUGACCCGUUCCCCGUGGCCAUGUGUUGUCGGAAACCACAUGGAUUCCCAGGACACCAUGAUAUUAGAAACCCUCAAAAUGCUGCAUGGCUCGCUGGUAUGCGGUACGCCAAGAAGAAGAUUUUCAUUCAAAGCCCUACGCUUAACGCCAGGCCGAUUGUACGUGGCGUCAAGCAAGCCUGUCGUAGAGGUGUCGAAGUGGUCCUGCUUCUUGAUCUUGGUUUCAACGACAAGGGCGAAAGCAUCCCAUUCCAGGGUGGAACGAACGAAGAAGUCGUCGAUCGAUUGUACAAAGCUCUGAACAAGGAAGGCAAAGCGGAGAAUCUCAAAGUGUACUGGUACACUGGAAAAGACCAAGUUCGGCCCCUCAACGCCGUCGUGAAGCAACGAAAUUGUCACAUCAAAUUCGCCGCGUACGAUGACCAGGUGGUUAUCUUGGGGAAUGGCAAUCAAGAUUCGCAAAGCUGGUUCCAUUCCCAAGAGGUCAACAUCAUGCUCGAUUCCAAACAAAUUUGCGCCGAGAUGAUGGACACUCUCAUUUCCAACCAGAAUACGCUACAGUACGGUCUCGUCGAUUGGAAAGACGGUAAAUGGAAGGAUGGGGCAGGAAAGACGCUGGAAGAUUAUGGCUUGACCGAGAAAGGAGCUUUCAAAGGUCUUUCAGCCGUCAUUCGAAUCAUCAAAGAGGUGUAGAAAGAGAGAAGGCGCGAGCGCUGGGGGA